AAUGGCUACCAAAUCGACUAAUGAAACCUCUGAAAAUGUAAAGCCAAAUCGUUGUUGGCCCUGCAAGUUUGAUGCGUGUGGAUUAACUUUCAAAAAGAAGGCACAUUUGUUAAGACACGAGUUAAUACACACCGACGAGUUCUGGAAAUUCUACACCUUCCGAUUACUUAAUUCAUCACUUUCAAAAGAGACCAUAUAAAUGCACUAUUAAUGGUUGUGAUAAAGCUUUUCGUACUAAUUGUCACUUGAAACGACAUAUUGAAACACAUAGUACUGCUAAAACCUAUAGAUGUGAUUAUGAUGGCUGCACAGUUGCCUGUAUGACUCAAUGGAAUUUGAAAAGACAUGUCAAAAGAACUCAUUUAGAUAGUUUCAAGUGUAAAAUUUGUGAUAAAGAAUUUAAGAAAAAUAAACUCUACAAAGAGCACAUGCUAUUAGAACACGAAGCAAAACGCUUUUGCUGUCAGUUUCCAGGUUGUGGUCAAGUAUUUACUGAAGGCGUUAAAUUAAAACAUCAUACAAAAAUGCAUGCAAAUAAAGAAUAUUCAUGUGUUGUAAAAGAUUGCUCAAUGAAGUUCAAUUUAUGGUCUGAAUGCAGGCAACAUAUGGCAGUAUGCAAAAAUAAUGAGAAGCAAUGUGAUAUAUGCGGAAAAAUACUUUCUAAAAGUUCAAAUUUAAAAGCUCAUAAAAAAAUUCAUUCAGAAAGUAGAGAAGUAUUUCAGUGCACAUAUACAGGUUGUGGUAGAUUUUAUACUAAGCAGUACAAUUUAAAAGUUCAUUACCAAAGUUUCCAUCAAAAUAUCAGACCAUUUGUAUGCCCAAAAGAUAAAUGCAAAAAAUCUUUUCAUUUUCAGCAUCUUUUGCGACGUCAUCUUGAUAAUCAUGCAGCAAAUAAAGAAGUUAAGGAAUCCAAGAAGCCUAAACGUCCACGAGUGAAGCGAAAAGAUAGGCUGAUAGAAGGACUGACCGGUUACAUGCCGGAGUUAGCAAGAAAGUUAACUCAAAAGGAAAUUGAAGCUUAUAUGGAACAUUUUGGUAACGGGCCUGACACAGACCCUGUUGAAAAUGAAAGUUAUACAACACAAGAAGAGAUGCCUCCUUUGUUUUCUGAAUUCAGUGUAUCUUCUUUUGAAAGACAACUUGAGGUGGAAAACCAAGGACAAAUUGAUUUUAAGCGUAUUGAAAACGCAUCGGAUGAUAUAACGACUAUGACAACUGAUAUAGAUUGCGACGAUUUAAAUUUAGUUCUUAAACCUUUCAAAGUCCCUUCUACUAUUUUUAAUGAAACUCAACUAAAAUUGCAUACUGGAGAAUUUAAUGACGAAGAAAUGCGCUUACCUCUUAUGGAAAAUCGUAUUUUUAAUGAGCCUCAGACACAAAAUUCACACUUAAUUACAUCGGUUGAUAAAGUUUCAACUAUUGAAAAAUUAAACCAGAUUAUGAAGCAAAGAAGAGACGCUUGUUUUGCGGAAUCGUGUUAUUUGCAAUCACUUACAGAGUCUGAAUCUUCCGAGGAUUCAGAGGAAAAAAAGAAAAGGCAACAUAUAAUUCAAAGGUGUUCGUAACUUGAACGAAUAGAAUCAGGAUAUAAAACUAUUUUGCAUAAAUUACCAACGACGCGGGCGAUAUUAUUUUUCUAAUAUAAGUAAAAUGCAGUGUUGUAUGAUUUGAGCAUGAAAAAUAUUGAUAAAGAAAUACGAAA